ACUUGUCGCUAAGUUGGUAGGUCGCGGAGUGUUGACACAUGACAUUUGGGUGUCUAUUUUGUCCAUCGUUGUUACAAAACGAUGAAGUUGUAAGAUGAUGGGCGAUCAGUUUCGUAAAGUGGAACAAUAUUCGCCGAAAUCGUCUCCUAGAGGGGCUCGCUCCCCUGUCGUCUCACGUCAAGAUUCAUCCGGAACAUUAAAAACGACGAUUCUGUUAGGAAAAAACCCUUCCAUAGUCCCUAGCGGGCCUUUCUAUUUGAUGAAAGAGCCACCAGCUGAGUCGGAAUUAACGGGCGCCACAAAUUUAAUGGCCUAUUAUGGUCUCGAACACUCAUACAGUAAAUUCAGCGGGAAGAAGCUAAAAGAACAGUUGUCUUCGUUUUUGCCAACCCUACCUGGCGUCAUCGACUCUCCUGGUCAACAGGACAACAGCUCAUUACGAUCAGUCAUAGAAAAACCUCCCAUCGGAGGAAAGGAGUUGCUGCCACUUACCAGUAUCCAGUUGGAUGGUUUCAGACUCCAUCCAGGAGCGUUACCCGAGCAGUAUAGAUACGCGAAUGCCACCCCCAUCAAGAAACACAAAAACAAACACAAGAAACACAAACAUAAAGAAGGAGGACUCCCAAAUCAAGAAACAACGGUGACAGACGCCGGGAGUGACACCCACGAGAAGAAACACAAGAAGCAGAAGAGACACGACGAAGAUAAGGAAAGAAAGAAACGGAAAAAAGAAAAGAAGAGGAAAAAGCAGAAGCACAGUCCAGAACACAGUGGGGGCCUAACACCAAGCCAACAUUCGAACUCCUGAGUACCUUACAUAGAUUCUAUUCGAGUGGAUUGAAUAAUUCCAACAUAACCUAAUUUUAAGAUCUAUUAUUUAUUAUUAUUUGCGAAUAAAUACUUAUUUUUAUGAAUACAAA